AGGCACUAUUUGCGCAUGCGUAGUACGUUAGUGUAUUAAGGUGCAGGAGCGUCUUGCGCCGAGGUUAUUUCUGCGCUUGCGAGGAUCUCUGUGGCCGUACACAACCGACCCGUAGGAGACUCCGGAAAGUUUCACGGUUGCUGGAACCAGGUGUUGGUCAACAAUGCAGGACAGGAUCCUGACUUUCUUUUUUCUUACAGCUUGUCUUGUUGACAUUGCUACUCAAGGACCAUGCGAUGUGAUAACCCCUUGUACAUUCUCAAAUCCUGACCUUAACGAGUGAGACACUAAAACCUUUUAGUUUUAGAGAUAUGCAGUUGUGCUUCAAGGGCUGUUUCCUUCUAGUGUUAAAUGACAAAUUUGAUAAGUGUAUUUUAGAACUGGAUAAAGGGGGAUGUAGGGACGGGACUUCAUGAAAACGAGGAAUGCA